AUGCUCCACCUCACCUUUUCACGGAAUUCGUUCUUUACAAAACUGGAGGAAUCCUGGACAAUGAUACAAGAUGGGCAGGAAGGAAUAAAGCAGAAAUUUAAGAAUCCAAAGAACAGUUAUGAAGAUUGCUCCACCAGGGAGCAAACUCAGGUUACUCUUAUUCUGAAGGUUUUAGAGAACCCUAAGCUAAAGUUGCCAAGGCUGGAAGGACACCUGAACGCUCCCGACACGUUGAGAGAGAGAAAGCCAGUCGUUAAGAGCGGGGUGGUGGAUGAUCGGAAUCGUUCACAUCGCAGCAAGCCAGCAGGGACACAGGUGUGCGGCCAGGCCCCGAGUCACUCUAGCAGGGCCGGCUCUCGGGGCCCCCGCCCUAGUCUUGGUAAAUCGCUGCCGCCAGGCGCGGCCCUGCGCCGCCCGCGCCCCGCGGACGCUGCCACCCGCGCCACGCUGCGGCGCGCUCUGGCCACCUGGAGCCCAACCCCGGCCUCCGCCGCACACGAGCGCCCACGCCCCCGGCCCUGCCCGCCGCAGGUCCCCCGGCCUCCGCCUCGCUUCGCCGCCUCAGACCUGCCGGGUUCGUGGGGCAAGGGGGGCGCGCGUCUGGAGACCCCCAGCCGCCCAGGAUUCAGGGGCUCCUCUGCGCGCGCGAUGCCUGCACUCGAGGGCCUCGCGGGUGGGGCAGGCCCACGGACCACUCACCUCAGCUGGGUCAGAACCAAGCGGCCUGCUCUAAGCCGUUUGAAACCGCUUGGGCCGCCGCACACCCCGCAGUGUCCUCGUUCUUUAUUGGUCCUCGACGGACCGCCCAUCGGGCUUUUAUUGGUCCAUUUGAAAGGCCUGUGGGCACGCGCCGCCCGCAGCCUUAAAGGGGCCGCGCGCAGCCGUGUUUCCCUCUGGACCAGACGCCGCCUGCACGGGUGGGGACGCUGGUCGCUGCCGGGGGCAAGUCUGCCGACUCCAGAAAGAAAGGCGAAAGAUAGAUUGUGAAGCUAAGUGCUGUGAGGGAAACCAGAGGCAGCUGAGAUGUCGUGGAAGUAACAGCGAAUGAAGCCAGGAUGCUGGAUUCUGACUUUGGAACUGUUCUGAGAGGCUGUUUGAUGCAAGACUCCCACCUGCGGGUAUCAUAGUCCAGGGUAAGGCCAUUGGGCCAACCCAGGUCUGUGUUGAUGAGGACCUUCCGCUCAGAACCAUCCAAGUUUGCCCGUUCGAUCUUGGCAAUGUGGCCCCAGUCUGUCCAGAAGAGGUACCUGAGACACAACAGUGCCAUCAUCAUCAAGGCAUGGGAAGACAGCACCCAGAGGUUGAGAGAACACAGAGGACCCACUAACACCAUCUUUCCACCCAGCCCUUCUUCCCUGGAUCUCUCUUCUGCUGGCCAUAAACUUACCCCUUCCUGGGGAAAACAGCAAUGGCCCGGGGCUCAUCCAGGCUGUUGUUGAUCAGCACUUUGCGGCAGGAACCAUCCAGCCUGGACGCCUCAAUGGUAUUUCGACCUGUGUCUGUCCAGUACAGGUUCCUGGCCACCCAGUCCACUGCCAGCCCGUCAGUGGUCUUCAGCCCUUGCCCGAUCACUGUCUCCAUGUUGCUGCCGUUCAGGUCUGCUCGCCUUGGGGAGAGCCCAGUGUUGGAUGAGCAACCAGACUGACCCAGAAUAGAGUAGAACUCCUUUAACCCAUGUUCCCAUAACUGGACCCCACUGAACUGUAAGCUCCACAGGGAUAGAGACCAGGUAUCUAUGAGUACAUUCCUCAGCACCCAGCAUGAUAGAUGCUCAAUAAAAUAAUUGCAGAAUGAA